GAUUAUUUCUAUAUUUUCACUUAUUAUACAGCGCUAUGUUUGUGACUAUUUUAGUCAGUGAAAAGUGUUUAGUUCAAGAAUAAAUCAUUCAUGCAGUCCGUCAGUCAGGCCGGUUGGUGGCGGUAGUGAGCCGUCAAGCGAUCAGAGGCGGAAGCAAGGGUAUCCGUGGUAACAACACAGGAAGUGUCGCGCGACAGUUUAAAAACUGUAUCAAAUUUUCGUUAGCUUUUCUGUUAUGCUUAUAUCCCCUUAAAAUCUCCUUUUCCUGCUAAUUGUUCCUCUACACUGAUAAUGUAAGUUUUUUUUUUACUAGGUUUAAUUUGCCCGGAAGCCCGAAGCAGAGGUUUGAAGUAGUGGAAGGUCGCGGUAGGUUUGUGGGAUUUUUAAAAAAAACGAUUCUCAGCUAAUUUACUGUGUGAGCAAUGCUUUUGAGAACGGGGCGUCCGCAGCAGCAGCAACCCAAAGGGAAAAGACUCAUUCGCCCCAAGAAGGCAGCAGCUCCCAAGAAAGACUGGGUGAGCACUGUCAACGACCUCUCUGUACACAAGCUGAGUCCUGCUGAGCUGUGUCAUCGACAUGAGAUCCACAAGUCUCACAAUAAAGCUGCAGCUCACUGGGAGCUCAGGGAGAAAGCCCUGAAACGUCGUCUCAGACAUGCCGGCAGCUCCCCAGGCCUGGACCACACCAGCCUCACCAUCAUCAGAGAUGUUUUCUCUGAACAGCCGCUGCUGCACGAUGCGCUGGCCCAGUCUGACAGAGCCUUGGCUGUGGUCAAGGACCUCUUUGGAGAUGCUCCACGGAGGCAGACUGGGCACCCCAGUGUGACUGUGGCUCCGAACUGUGACUCUGACUCAGAACUGCCUGUUCUCCAGAGACCUGAUCCUCCAACCCAACUGUCCCUCCUCAGCCAAUCCAUAAUGGAUCAAGAGGCACUUAAUGAAGUAGAAGUUUUAAGAGAAGAUGUCAGAGAUGAGGAUCUGUCAAGCAGUUCAGGGAGUCGAUUCAUCAGAAGGACAAAUAUAAGGAAAACAAAAACCCAGACCAGAGCGACACAGAAACAAAAAGGUCAUCGUCUCAGGUCUCAUGCAGGAGAUAAAGAAAACAUCCCUGUGACCCCCAUCAGAUCAGGCAGAGCACCGGACCCAACUGCUCUCAACGCCACGGCAGCUGUUAAGCGUUUUCUGACCAAACAGCGUCCAUCAGAUCAAAACGAGGAAGAGGCUUCUGUCCUGGUUUCUCAGGUCCUGAAUCCCGAACUGCCUUCACGCCAGUCAGGAAGAAUAAGAAAACACACUGAGAAGACCAGGAAGGGCGUCUGUCGGACCUUGGAGCUGGAUGGCUCCUCAGUUGCGUCUCUUAGUGGAGACCAGUCCAGCCUGGGCCUGCUGCAGGACAUGUUGGGCCAAGUCAAGGCGAACUUGGACACUAUGAGUUCUGAUAUAGCACCAGAACCAACAGGGAGUCCAGAACCCUAUGAAAGACAAGGUCUUACCGGAUUCUCUGUUGCUUUGGUCUCCACGAUUGGACGCUUAGUCCAGCUCAUCAGAAAGAGAGAAGCUGAAGCUCAGGAAGAAGCCGAGGAACGCCGGCGACUGCAGGAGGAUCUGAAGGAGCAACGAGGGCUUAUGGAUGCUCUAACAGCUGAAACCAUGACCCUGAGAGAAGAGGGCGCCGCCAUGCAGGCAGGGCUUCUGCAGCGGACAACAGAGCUGGAGCAGAAGCUGGAUUCUGUGGUGCUUCUGAUGAGUGGACUGGGAGUACUGGGAGAACAGACAAAACCAAGCAGAGUCUCUGAUGGAAGAGUGUCCCAGUCUUGUGUUUGUCAGUCUGUUGGUGGUGAUGAGAAAACACAAACUAGAGUUUCUCCUGCCGUCCUCCUUUCCCCACCUCAACAAUGUGACAACUGGCAACAAAGUCCUGUUCACGCGUUACCACUACAGCGACGCCUUUCCCCGUCAGACACCCAGCGUUCCUGUGAAAGCGUCCAGUCUCACGUCUCCACCUCCGCUCUCAUGAGAUGUCAGUCUGUCUCCUCAUCGUCACUCCCCUCUAAUCAACCCGUCCUCCUUCCCUCCCCUAAAGCCAUGCUGGCUGAGAUCGCUGAGCUGAAAAGGCAGAACGACCUGAUCAAGGCUCAGCUCAUCCAGGCGAAGAGCCUCGGGUCAGGGAACACGGGAUUGGCUGACAGCUGCAAUGAGCAGAGCAAGUCGAGUCCAGCCAGCGGCACUGGAGAGAGGAAGAUGACCGGCCAGCAUCUUCAGUCUCCAGAGGGAACAUCUUCAGCUUCUCAGGCAGCGUCCUCCAGCACUCCGAGCGUGGAACAGCGCCUCCUGGAGCUCAACAGACAGAGCGCGGCAGCUAGGAGUCGACUGCUGGAGCUGAUCGAGCAGCAGAAGCGAAGCUCUUCGCUCAGAAUCUCCCCAUCCGUCUCCCCCAUCCCUUCCUCGGCCGUCAGCCCGAACGCAGCAGAAGGACAGAGCUCAGAGGAGUCGGUGCUGCCACCUGAAAGGGAGUUUGGGUCUCAUCGACAAUAUGCUGGUUCUGAUGCAUCCAACAGUUUGAGUUUUGAGAGCAAGACUGGAGAAAUAAAGCAAAACGAGAAACGGCGAGAACGAGAAGGAUGGUUUUCUCUGGUCGCUCACACCAGAUGACACGAGGGAAAAGACUAAACGAACCUGACAAAAAUGAAUGUUUUUAUUCUAUUUUUCAGCCAAAUAGUUGUAGUGCAUUUUUCAUUCCUGCAGUUUAUAUGUUGGCUGUAUGAAAAGUUUUAUUUUCUGAGGAGUUCACAUCUUUUUAUUUUAUUUUAUUUUUUACCAGAGGUAAUUGAGCUGAGCAGCCUGACUGUUACAUAGCAGUAAAACUAAAGUAAACAUGUAUUAGUGACAGUGAAAUUUAGCUUACUAACCAUUUAGACAAUUUUUCCACUCAACAGUUUGUUGUUACUGUCUUACUGCUUUUUUGUUUUAUUUGUGUUCAAUAUUUACAAUUAUAUUGCAAAAAUGAUGUAGUUAAAACUAACUGAUCAAAGUCAUGAGGAUUAAAUAGCUGCUUCACGGUUGAUUAAGUUUAUCUCGCACGUUUUGCAAAGGUGCUUUAUCAAUUACCACUGAACUUUUGUCAUUGGUUUCCAACCACAGUCUUUUAUUAGGAUUUUAUAUCAUCUCAAGAUCUCUAAAAAAAUUUAUUCUUUUCCCAUAAAGUCUUUAAAAUUGUGGAAAUUUGAUUAGAUCAUUUUCCAGCUUUGCAAGUGUGGAAAACUGAGAAGUAAGUCUGGACAGAAGUUUGAGUUUCCAGACUCCGUUCUUUAUUACAUGUUUCAAAGGAUACAAUGAAUCAUUUUUAGAGAACAUUUGUUUUCUUGGGUUUAUAUUUAGGCGACUCUGCCUUGACCUUAUUAUUUGUCACAAAGUUUUUAUGUGACUUGUCCAGUCCACCCAGUUUCACAAAUUGUACUGAGUGAAGUUUUUUUUUUUUUCUUUCAUUUUUUUUGUUCUCAGAUCUGGGAUUUUUACAGAAAUGAACCUGGUUUAGUCAAUAAAGGUAUAAAAUAGUACAAAAUCUGA